GUGCGGGGAGCGCGCAGUCCGGACGCGCAGGGGCCGCUCGGCUGGGGCCGCGCGGGCAGGAUGGUGUGCGCUCCGGCGGCCCUUGGGCGGGGCGUGCUCCCGGCCGCGGUUUGGGGGAUACUGCUGCUAACCGCCUCGGUGGAGGCGCAGCGCGGCCGGAAGAAGGUCGUGCACGUGCUGGAGGGUGAGUCGGGCUCAGUGGUGGUGCAGACGGCACCUGGGCAAGUGGUAAGCCACCGGGGUGGCACCAUCGUCUUGCCCUGCCGCUAUCACUACGAGGCAGCUGCUCAAGGCCACGAUGGCGUCCGCCUCAAGUGGACAAAGGUAGUGGAUCCUUUGGCCUUCGCCGACGUCUUCGUGGCACUGGGUCCUCAGCACCGGGCCUUUGGCAGCUACCGCGGGCGGGCAGAGCUGCAGAACGACGGGCCGGGGGAUGCCUCCCUGGUCCUCCGAAAUGUCACCCUGCAGGACUAUGGGCGCUACGAGUGCGAGGUCACCAAUGAGCUGGAAGACGACGCUGGCAUGGUCAAGCUGGACCUGGAAGGCGUGGUCUUCCCCUAUCACCCCCGUGGAGGCCGCUACAAGCUGACUUUCGCGGAGGCACAGCGCGCGUGUGCCGAGCAGGACGGUAUCCUGGCGUCUGCCGAGCAGCUGCACGCGGCCUGGCGCGAUGGCCUGGACUGGUGCAACGCAGGCUGGUUGCGCGACGGCUCCGUGCAGUACCCGGUGAGCCAGCCUCGGGAACCCUGCGGCGGCCUGAACGGGGCCGGGAACGCCGGGGCGGGUGGCGGAGCCAACGGCGGCGGCGUGCGCAACUACGGUUAUCGGCAUAACGCUGAGGAACGCUAUGACGCCUUCUGCUUCACGUCCAACCUCCCGGGACGCGUGUUCUUCCUGAAGCCGUUGCGGCCUGUGCCUUUCGCCGGAGCAGCGCGUGCAUGUGCGGCGCGCGGUGCAUCAGUGGCCAAGGUGGGCCAGCUGUUCGCUGCGUGGAAGCUGCAAUUGCUGGACCGCUGCACCGCGGGCUGGCUGGCCGACGGCAGCGCGCGCUACCCCAUCGUGAACCCGCGUGCGCGCUGCGGAGGUCUCCGACCUGGCGUGCGCAGCCUAGGCUUCCCAGAUGCCUCCCGACGGCUCUUUGGCGUUUACUGCUACCGCGCACCAGGCGCACCGGAUCCCGCUCCCGGGGGCUGGGGCUGGGGCUGGGCCGGCGGCGGUGGCUGGGCUGGAGGCGCACGCGACCCAGCUGCCUGGACCCCGCUGCGCGUCUAGGACCCAGGAGAGGGACGACUGGGGGGACUUGACGAAUGGCCGAGUGCCCUGAUGUCCCCCGGACACUGGAGACGCCCCUGAAG